AUGGCUCUUUCCGUCCCCGACACCGGGCUGUCUCUCUGGCGCGGAGACCAGCCCGGCAACCUCUCACCCGAUCCUCAUGCCAAACAGACUCAGAUCAUGCGCCUGAGUCUCGCUCAAAGCACCUUGGAUGAGCUCGUGGAAAGCCUUCGCAACGAUCAGAAAGCUCGAUUACGCCUCGGGAAGCACCAAACCCUCUACUACGGCUCCAAAUCCCAACAAUUUCACUCCCACCUCGAAUCCCAUCGCUCCGAAUUGUAUCAAGCGUCCGCCGAUGACCAAGAAAACCUUUACUUCUCCGGCGUCCUCAGUCACAGUCUCGAGGUCCAAAGGGCCAAAGAAGCAACGGCUGCUACGGACGAAGCUCUGGCCAACCUAGAACAGAGUCUGAGUGCCUUCGAACGGGGCAAAGAAUCUAAAAAGACACAACUUGUCAAUCUCAAGCCCGACGACCGAAGAUCUCGAUCUAAAGUGCCGUUGAGCAAGAUUGAUCUAGACAAAGAACGUUUCUUCAAAAACCGAUCCAUCUCCGGUAGUCCCUCACUUGGAGCCAUUCGAUCACCCGCAUCUCUCCCAGCCCUAACUCCGACCUCCGUUCCAUCAUCCCAGAACAAAAGAAAGAUUCGACUCGACGCUUUGAAAACACCAUUUAUCCAUCUUCUUGCUGUCAGACCAGUCUCAGUCAAGUACCUCGCUCAAACAACUCGCUCAUCGCAGGAAGAUUGUCUUGAAUUGGCCAAAAAGUAUGGAAUUGAGAACCGCAUUGACCCUUCUAAGUUCAACCUGAAGGAUAAAUGGUAUAAAGAUUUGGAUAUCUGGAAUUUUCCUUACCCCAACGAGUCCGAUCGCACCUCUGCAAUUGAAAACGCAAUCUCAGCAUUUGAUCGACAGCGAGUUUCUACGUCAGACAAGCUAUGGCAGAUGCUGAAUUCGAAAGAAGAGCGAGCCAAGGGAAUCUGCAAAUCAAGACUGAAACUUCAGACUGCACCUCCACCUCCACCUAUCAAAGUGCAUGCAUCGGAGGAAGCAAGCAAAGAAGGUUAUUUGACUGGCAACGAGACCGAUCGAACCAACGGCCGAUUGACCCCCAACCCAAUGACGGCCGACACCUCAUCCAAACCUGCAGCGAAGAAGACGACAUCUACCAAAGCCAAGAAUACUACACUCACGGGACGAGUGACGAAAAAGGCCGAGAAGAAGGCUCCUCCAAAACCCACUGGCAAGUUCAAAUCUGCCGAGUUCGUACAUGAUUCGGACGACGACACGGAUAUUCCGGACGCUCCUCCUCUUCCAUCGUCCCCGCCAGCAGCCAAAAAGCCAGCAGCAACGAGCUCUACAGCAACCAAGAAAUCUACAGAAGCCAAGAAAGCACCGGCCAAACCAGCACCGGAUAGCAAGCCUGCAAAGACGACUUCGAAACCCGCUUCUGCCGCUCAGUCACCAACCGUCAAGCCUCAGAUUACAUUGAAGCCUCAACCGCGAACUAUCAAAACAAUCCCAGCCAACAAUGCUCAUGGAACCGGUUCAAAGACAUUGCCUGGAUCUCGACCGGCAAAGCCUACUUCUCCAGUUAAACCGUCUCCAUUGGCGUCUUCUCCACCCACCAAUGCCUCUGAUAUUGAUAACUCUAGUCAGAAUUCUGGACAGACGAGCUCAUCUAGUUCAUCCCCGCUCAUGGCACAGAUGGCAAAACAAAACAAGGCAAAGCCCGCAGCUACCACUAUUGCCAAGCCAAAGGUUCCUGCGAAGCCCAAUGGCACCGCGAAACCAGUAGUUGAGCAGACGAAUCCUCUGAAACGAAAGGCUUUACCCGAACCGAUGCCGACCGGUCGGUUGAACCGCAAUGGGGACGAUAUUAAACGCCGCCGACCGAUUGAGUCGAUGUCGCCAAGUGGAACAAGUUCAGGAAGUGCAUCGCCUCCGCACAAUCGCGAACACCUUCGCCAACAGCUACGGCAGAAGUCGAUGGAUUUUAAGAGGCUGUACUCGAGGUAUAGAGAUCUUCACAACUCCCUGGUAAACCAAAUGGAUCCCACGCCAUCGGAUCUCUCGCGCUUGAAACAAAUGCAUGCUCGAGUGCAGCGGAUGAAGAAGGAAAUCUGGGACGAGGAUCGACGACUACGGGGGUAG